UGUGUUGCCAUCUCUAGUUAUUGUUUUUCUCCAUCACAAGAAAUUGCAGAGGCAAUCUUUUUAUCAUUAAAAAAUGGGAACACAAAAACUCUGGAUUUUAUCUGAUUAUGACAUCUUCUUGAGAAGAGAAGCAGGUUUCGCUUAAUAGAUUAUAGUGUCACUGUGUGUCUGUGUGUGAGAGAGAAAGGGGACGACAGAGAGAGAGAGAGAGAGAGACAUAGAAACCACAUCACCGCCGUGGGACGCCUGUCAUAUUGUGGUAAAUCUUCACCGACUCGCAUGCUCAAACCCCUCUCUCCUUCUCUUCUUCUUUCUUUCAAAUACAGUCUCUUUUAGGGUUUAUGUUAAGCUCAAUUUCUUUCGUUGUAGUUUUACGUUGUUGAAUUCUACCGCCUUUUCCCAAAUCAGUUUUCGAAACGAUAACUGAAUGAUUAGUAUUUAUGUUUAGAUAGAUAGAUAGAUAAGUAAACUGCUUGAUUAGAUCUUAGAUGGCGUAUGAUCAGAAUGCGUUACCUAAUAGUUUACGCCCAAUUCAUAUAGCUAGAACGGUGGGUGAAGAAUCUCGCAUUGGGGCUCCUGUAGUUCUACCAAAUUCGAAUCCUCUCCCGCGUGAACCGUGCACCGGUAGCCCUGGAACAAUUCCGGUUUACUACCCUUCAUCAGCGCCGGCUGUUCCCGACGCCGGCUAUGUUAAUUUGAAUUAUGGGAAUGUAGUUCCAGCAGUCGCUAAUUGGUUACCACGUAUGCCACCGCCGGUGACUUCUGGAGGGGUAGGUAUGUUACCUGGUUAUGCGUAUAAUAAUACUAGUUUAGCCCCUCCACGUUUUUACGAUCCAAAUCUACCACCAGUUGGUGGUAGUGGUGGUGGUAGUAAUGCCUCCGAUCAUGCUAGUGAUGAAGGUGGAGAUGACUCUGCUUCAGGGAGGAAAGUUAAGUUUUUAUGUAGUUUUGGAGGUAAGAUUUUGCCUAGACCUAGUGAUGGUGUUCUUAGAUAUGUUGGUGGGGAUACUAGGAUCAUUAGCUUUAGAAGAGAUGUGAGAUUCAAUGAGUUGCUUCAAAAGAUGUAUGAUUCAUAUGGACAAAAUCUUGUUAUUAAAUAUCAAUUACCCGAUGAAGAUCUUGAUGCACUUGUUACAGUUUCUAGACCUGAUGAUCUAGUAAACAUGAUGGAUGAGUAUGAUAAAUUGGUUGAAAGAUCUUCCGAUGGUUCAGCUAAAUUAAGAGUGUUCUUGUUUUCACACCUUGAAUCUUCCAGUGCCAUUCGAUUCAAAGAUUUACAAGAUAGUGGACAGAGAUAUGUAGAGGCAGUGAACGGAAUCACAGAUGGUUUUUCCGGUGGCGGCAGCAGUGGUGCUGGGAGGAAGGAAAGUUUAGCAAGUGCUUCCUCUACUCAAAAUUCAGAAUCUUGUGGAACUGAGGGUGGUGGUGAUAGCAAUCACAGCAUAGGACAUGAUCAGGUGGAGGUGGUGGCCAUGGGCCCAUCCAUGACCGGAUUAUCCCCUGGCGGCAGUUCUGUCGCCGGAGUUCUUGUUGGUAAACCCGCUCUUGUCCCAGCUUCACCUUCUCAAUCUGAUCAUGAUUUUGAUAUCUUGGAAAGAACACCUCUCCCUAUUCAUGUCCAACAACAGAGGCAAUUGGGAUAUGAUUUUAUGCCACCUGGCAGCUGUGCUGCCGUUCAGCCGCCAGCACCUUAUGUCCAGACUUAUCUUGAUCCCCGCCAUGGGACAUUCAACCGGACAGAAUACGUACAGGUGGCACCACCACCAUCAUCAUCCCAAUUAGGAUACCCUUCUCAGAUGAUGCGAAGUGUUGCUCCAAUGUAUCCCCAACCACAGCAGAUUAUUCCUUCAUCCCAUGUCAGUUUCAAACCAAAUCCAGUUCCGGUUCCGGUUCCGGUUCAGGUUCCAAUUCCGGUUCCGGUUCCAGUUCCUCAAGUAGUCCAGCAACAAGAGGUUCGAAUGGACCAAUUCCCUGUUAAUCUUUCUACUGAUCAAAGUCAAACCUGCACCACAUAUCAACCUCAACCUCAACCACAACCACAACCACCAAUCAUUCCUGGACCUUACGGAUGGAAUCAGAUUCCGCCCCAAGACCAAGUGUCCUAUUCCGAUGUUUGGGUGCCAACUCAACAGAUGAUAUAUCAAGAAGUAGUGCCUAGAUUUGAUGGAUGUAUCAUGUGUCAAAAAGCACUCCCCCAUGCACAUUCUGAUACCAUGGCACAAGAAAAAAAAGAAAGCCCUAGAUCAAACAUAUCAGAUGUGAAUCCAAUUUAUCAAAGUCUUAGAUUAGAGGAUGCAAGAAGACUGAUGCAACCAAACAUGGGUCCUGUAUCUGGACCCGGACCCACUGUGGACCAGAUGCAUGGAGUUGGGGUUCGGUCAAGAUUUGCUGACCAUGAAGGAGGUGGAAUGAUGCCUCCAUUGUAUGCUGUUCAAGGGCAAUUUGGGAAUGAUGGGACUCUUUCUCAGAGACCCGAAACUAGCUAUGGUGUAUUGCUUAAUCAACUUCCUCAUGGUGGGCAUUCAAGUAUAGCCCAACAACAACAGGCUAUUGUCCCAAUGCAAUAUCAACCAAAGCAGGAAACCAUGGUUAGCAAACGGGUUAGUGGUGAUUCAAACCUUGGUGGUGGUGGUGGUGGUGGUGGUGGUGGGGUUCCUUCACCAACUUCUGACCACAGCCAGGUUCAUGAGUCGCCAAAGGAGUUUCCUGAUAAUGUAAGACAAAUUGAUGGGAGGAUGGAAGAAUUACGAAUACGUCCUUCUCCUCAUGAUGUUCUUGUUAACAAUGAUAUUCGUGUUGAGAAUCCGCGAGAGGAAAUCUUGGAAAAUAGACAAGAGGUGAAUCUUGAUUCGAGUUACAUGAUGCCUUAUUCCUAUUUGGGAGGUGGUAAUAAUGAAGGGAGUCCUGUGUUUUCUGGUGUUGAUUCCACUGCCAUUGUUGCUGAAAAUCCACCUGUCAGUGAAUGGAAUGUGUACCCUUUACAAAUUGAGUCAAAAACUGAAGUUGACCCUUUGUCAAUGGAAUCACUUAAUCCGUUUAAUGGAGUUAAUGAAACCCCAGACACUACAAACUCGCUUUUCAGUGAUCAAGAUCCAUGGAUGUUAAGGCAUGAUUCACAGCCAAGUGGGAAUUUGGAAUUACAUUUUGAUGUGUCACAUGGUCAUUCUACCAUAGGUUCUGCUGAGGAGUUGAUUAAACAAGAACUUCAAGCAGUUGCUGAAGGUGUAGCUGCUUCUGUUCUUCAUUCAUCAACACCUUCAAAUCCUGACUCAAAUAAACGUGGAUUGGAAACCAAAAAAAGCUGUGAAGGGCAAACAAGUAAUACUGAUGACCAAGAUUUGAAAACAAAGGUUCCAGAAAAGACAAAUCUAGGGUUUCCGGUUUCAGAUGGGCUUGGUCGUUUGCAGAUAAUCAAGAACAGUGAUCUUGAAGAGCUGCGUGAACUGGGGUCGGGUACAUUUGGAACUGUUUACCAUGGAAAGUGGAGAGGAACUGACGUGGCAAUCAAACGAAUAAAUGACAGAUGUUUUGCAGGAAAAGCUUCAGAACAAGAACGCAUGAGAGAGGAUUUCUGGAACGAAGCAAUUAAGCUUGCGGAUCUUCAUCAUCCGAAUGUCGUAGCCUUUUAUGGGGUUGUACUUGAUGGUCCGGGCGGGUCGGUUGCUACUGUAACUGAGUAUAUGGUUAAUGGAUCUUUAAGAACCGCUUUGCAAAAGAACGAGAGGAAUUUGGAUAAGCGAAAACGGCUUUUGAUUGCUAUGGAUGUUGCUUUUGGGAUGGAAUACCUUCAUGGAAAAAACAUUGUUCAUUUUGAUUUGAAAAGCGACAACUUACUUGUCAACCUUCGUGAUCCACACCGUCCCAUAUGCAAGGUUGGAGACUUGGGACUAUCAAAAGUGAAACGACAAACCCUAAUCUCAGGGGGUGUACGUGGGACCCUUCCAUGGAUGGCACCAGAGCUUCUAAAUGGAAGCAGCAGCCUCGUUUCAGAAAAAGUCGAUGUCUUCUCAUUCGGGAUUGUCAUGUGGGAACUUCUUACAGGAGAUGAACCAUACGCAGACUUACAUUACGGGGCUAUAAUCGGUGGGAUUGUAAGCAACACACUUAGACCUGCGGUGCCAGAAUCAUGCGACCCAGAAUGGAGAUCUUUAAUGGAGAGGUGUUGGUCGGCUGAGCCAUCAGAGAGACCUAGCUUCACGGAGAUAGCUAACCAGUUACGUGGCAUAACCUCAAAGAUUCCACCAAAAGGACAACUACAUCAGUAACUUUUUUUAUUAUCAUCAUUUUGGGUCAAAAUACCUAGAGUUUAGGAAGAAAGUACGUUUGUCAUAUCUUGGAUAUUUAAAAAACAGAGUUGGUGGUGUUUGGGUUUGGUUUAUCUUAUUAUCAUACACACACAAACAAACAUAUUUCUUUUUUCACACAUCCAUGAUCCAUGUUAUGGUUCGGCGUUAAUGAACGUGGGUUGCUAUGCCAAUAAGAAGUUGAUU